GCGUGUUUCCGCUGACGUCACUCGCGGGAAUGGCUGAGAAAAAGAAGCGCGAGAUAGAAACUUGGGCGCGCAGCAAUACAUGUUUAUCUGGCGGGUCGCGGUGCGCUUUUUAAUGAAAGCGUUUGCUUUAUUUGAUCGACCAUCUCAUUAACAUCACAGAUGUUUUUGCGCUUGUAUGCUGUAUGCACAGUGUCCUCGUAAAGUCUGUUUUAUUGGUGCAUUUUAAGCAAACUUUCGGGAAAUGUCUUGGUGGGCGCGCGGUGAGGAUGAGGACGAGGCCAUGUGUCAGGACACAGACUCUGAUGUGGCUGAUCAGAAGGAUUGUGGGAAAGUGAAAGUGAAGUGGACCCAAGAGGAGGAUGAUAAGCUGCGGAAAUUGGUGCAGAACGUUGGACCAAAUGAUUGGAAAUACAUCUCUGGCUUUUUACCCAAUCGGUCAGAGCAUCAGUGUCAGCAUCGCUGGUUCAAAGUUUUGGAUCCUGAUCUCGUCAAAGGACCCUGGACGAAGGAGGAGGAUGAGAAGGUGAUUGAGCUCGUGAAGAAGUACGGCAACAAGCAGUGGGCGAUGGUGGCCAAGCACCUGAAGGGCCGUCUUGGGAAGCAGUGCAGAGAGCGCUGGCACAACCACCUCAAUCCAGACGUCAAGAAGUCUUCCUGGACUCCAGAGGAAGAUCUCAUCAUCUACAAGGCUCACUGUGUGCUGGGCAACCGCUGGGCUGAGAUCGCCAAACUGCUUCCUGGAAGAACGGACAAUGCUGUGAAAAACCACUGGAACUCCACUAUCAAGCGUAAAGUCGAGACGGGUUAUUACGCCGGCGUGGACACGACGCUUCAUGUGCUGCAGCAGACGGAGACUGAGGAGCUGGUGUCUGAGGACAGCGCUCAGCGGCAGGUGGAGUUCUGCUGUGAUGGAGCCAGCGAGGGAUUACCAGGCGAGGUCCCGAAGAGGGAUCCAGACUCACAUGAGAAAGUCACCUCUGCUCCACAAAAAACUGCGUCUCCCAAGACCCCGAAAGCUCCAGCGACCCCCAAAAGUGAAGCGGGAGACUCUAAUGUGUCCACGUGGGUGAUGGACAGCUCCGGGUUCCUCUCUCCCUCAGCGGCCCCCACGCUAAAGGAGGUGAUGGAGCUGAUGGAUGGGGAUCUCGAGGGCUGGUGUACGAUGUCGGACUUCGAGCUGCCGGAGGAGAGCCAGAGCUCGGAGCUGCUGCAGUUUCGUCUGGAGGGCAGCACCCUGCAGGAGCUCAGCAAGGGCAGCAAAGGGGAGCUGAUCCCCAUCUCACCCGGCGGGGCGACCCCUCCGUCCAUCCUGAGCCGCCGCAGCCGCCGCCGCAUCGCCCUUUCCCCAGACCCCAACGACUCCAUGACCCCCAAGAGCACGCCGGUCAAAAUCCUGCCUUUCUCUCCUUCACAGUUCCUUAAUAUGUGGACCAAGCAAGACACGCUGGACCUGGAGAAUCCUUCCCUGACGUCGACUCCUGUUUGCAGCCAGAAGGCCAUCGUCACCACACCCCUGCACCGCGACAAAACCCCGCUCACGCAGAAGGAGAACUCCCUGUUUAUCACACCUAAUCACAAAUCUGACCUGGAUACGACUCCCCGGACCCCCACUCCAUUCAAAAACGCCUUGGAGAAAUACGGCCCUCUGCGGCCCCUGCCUCAGACUCCAAAUUUGGAGGAAGACCUUAAAGAAGUGUUGCGCAGUGAAGCAGGAAUUGAGCUGAUAGUAGAAGAUGAAACUCCUAUAGAGAAGAAACGCAAACAAGUGUACCGGCCGCCGAUGAAGAAAGUGCGUAAAUCUCUGGCUCUGGAUGUCAUUGACUGCAGUGAGUCUGUUGCUGCACGAAUGCAGCAAAUUAAACGCACAGUCAAAACAAGUCAGAAGGCUCAAGUCGCGCGGUCGCUCCCUCUUGUGACCUGUUGUGAUGUGAAAAAGGAAGAGAAUGUGUUGGAUCAAGGAUUUAUUCUUGGCCCGAAUGAGAGCGGGCUGCCCACUAAACCUGUGCCUUCCACGCUGCAACAGAGCCCUCCACCUAUGUCUCCAGCCUGGGAAACUGUAGUCUGUGGACGGACGAAAGACCAGCUGAUCAUGACAGAGAAAGCAAGGCGGUACCUUCGCUCUUUAAAAUCUCACGCACCAAACCGAGCGCUCAUACUUUCCUGAUCCCUCGCCGAGUCCCAGUGCAGCUUCUGGAUAUUUUUCUACAAAGCAUAAUGUGUAAAAUUUGUGUUGAUUUAAAAAAAAAAAUGUAAAUGUUAUGUAGAAUAUGAAACCAAUUACUGUUCCAGAAUAGACACUUUACUGCUGAUAAUGCUCUUGUCCUGUUUUCUGUGGCAUAUUAGCAGAAUACCAUCUGACUUCAUUUGACCCUGUAUAAUAAGUGUGUUGCUAUUUUGUUUUAUUUAUGUAUUAUUGUCCACCUGUUUUUGAUGUGGCAAACAUGCCAAGCCGAGUAAAUGAUCAGGUUGCUGUUCAGGAAUCUCAGUAUGGUUUUAUAUUCUGUUCUGCGUAUCUGUAAGGAUAACUAGACCUCUGCUAGACUCGGCUCAUGUGAUGUACGAGCUGUAUAUACAGUCUGUGCAUUAAAAAAAGAAAUAGGUGGACAUUUUUCCUGGCUUGAAGUGUUACACAUCUUGAAGUUUUGUAAAAUAACAUUAAGGACCUCAGGCUAAGGCUUUAAUUCAGUGUGCAUAGAAAUUAUUUUAUUAUUUUUUUUUUUGAAAAGGAGCUAUUGUAUGUAAAACAGCGUGAUGGUAACAUUUAGACCAUGUAUUUCUGUGUAACUAGCAUAUUCAAAAAUAAUCGUCUUUAAAUUUCAGGAAAAUUGAAAUCGUUAAUUACCUUGUCUUUUGGUAAAAGCUGUAUGUUACUGGUAUUUAAAGUUGAGAUGGAUGUAAGGUUGUGUUCAGAACUGAUGACGUGCAGUGACAGUAUUGCGCUGAAUCAGAUGGAAAUAACUGAGCUUGUAACACAUUGCAGUAGUUAUAGCAUUUAAAUAGAGGCUACGUUUUUGUUAUUUUAUGUGGGGUUGUGUUGAUGAGUUUUUCCCAAGGAACAUAAAUGAACUUACCAAAAGGUCAGAUGUGCUCUUUUUCUAUACCGUGAACAGAUGCUUGAUGUCCCAGAGUAGUCUUAUUGCUUUUCUUGGUUAAAUAGAAAUAGCAACCAGUGUGUUACAGAAAGGUGCUUAACUGUGUGACUGCUGCACAUGGUGAAAUGGCAGAAGCCAGUGUUUCUCAUUUUUCGAGAAAGGCUCGUUUCACUGAAAGACAAAAUAAAAUGAGUCAGAAUGGGAGAGAGUCUAAACUCGCACCAUUCGGUUAUUGCUGGGUGUUACGUCGUAUGAUAACAGCAGUGUAACUGUCCAAAGGUCAGUUUGUUUUCAGUGUUCACAGUCAUUCAUCUCA